UCACUCCGAUUGACGCAGAUUUUACUUAGCUUGGAGAUUCUUUAAUAUUUUCUUAUGUUAUUGUAGGAGUGUGUGUUUGUGUGUGUGUGUGGCAAUGGUGCCUCGCAGUGGACAGAGCGCAGCGGUAUGUUUUCGGUAAAUUCCGACUUGAACCGUACAUACGCGGAACAAGCCGAGCAGGAGCGGAGCUGUCCGGAACAUCCGGCUGUAGCUUCUCAACAUAAACAGCAAUGGCGGAGGCAGCAGCAGCGUCUACAGCGGCUUCAUCAGUAACGGGAGGUUGGACCAAACACGUAACCUGCAGAUAUUUCAUGCAUGGUCUUUGCAAAGAAGGAGACAACUGUCGAUAUUCCCAUGAUCUGACCAACAGCAAACCUGCAGCCAUGAUUUGCAAGUUCUUUCAGAAGGGAAACUGUGUGUUUGGGGACCGUUGCAGGUUUGAACACUGUAAACCAGCGAAGCAUGAGGAGCUGCCAACAACCCAGACGCUGCCGCUGCCCUCCGCCUCGCUGGCUGGUCAGUCAGACCCAGAACCCAGUGGGCCAACACCGGGCCCAGGGGCGCAAGACUGGGUGAAUGCUGCUGAGUUUGUCCCAGGACAGCCGUACUGCGGACGGGCUGAGCCAGUGAAGGCAGAGAGCUCUGCUCCUCUCAUCGAGGAGUUGGACAGUGACACAACACAGGACAACAAAGAGUUGAGGAAGCAGCUUUGUCCGUAUGCUGCCGUCGGAGAGUGCCGGUACGGUCUCAACUGCGCCUAUCUCCACGGCGACGUGUGUGACAUGUGCGGCCUGCAGGUGCUCCAUCCCACUGACAACAAUCAGCGCUCAGAGCACACAAAGGCAUGCAUCGAGGCCCAUGAGAAAGACAUGGAGAUUUCAUUCGCCAUCCAACGCAGCAAGGACAUGAUGUGCGGCGUGUGUAUGGAGGUGGUGUUUGAGAAGGCCAACCCGAGCGAGCGCCGGUUUGGCAUCCUCUCCAACUGCAGCCACUGCUACUGUCUAAAAUGCAUUCGCAAGUGGAGGAGUGCCAAGCAGUUUGAAAGCAAAAUCAUUAAAUCUUGCCCAGAGUGUCGAAUCACAUCCAACUUUGUCAUCCCAAGCGAGUACUGGGUUGAAGAUAAAGACGACAAGCAGAAACUCAUCCAGAAAUACAAGGACGGCAUGGGGAGUAAACCGUGUCGAUACUUUGACGAGGGUCGUGGAACAUGCCCUUUCGGCUCAAAUUGCUUCUAUAAGCACGCUUUUCCUGAUGGGCGGCUGGAGGAAGCUCAGCCACAGCGAAGGCAGACUGGAUCCAACAGCAGGAGCCGGAACUCGAGGCGAACACCACUGUGGGACAUCUUUGACGAGCGGGAAAGCACCGAUUCCUUUGACAACGAGGACGAGGAGAUGGUGACGUUUGAGCUGAGCGAGAUGCUCCUCAUGCUGCUCGCCGCGGGAACCGACGACGAGGUGACAGAUUCAGAGGAUGAAUGGGACUUGUUUCACGAGGAGCUGGACGAUUUCUAUGAGAUUUACCUAUAGCAGAUCCCACCCACUAACCCCCCCCCCCCCCCCCCCCCCUCA